AUGAGCAACCCUGCUAUCGUCUAUUCGAAACUCAAGAUUCACCAGCUUCUAGAAACAAUCGAAGAUCUCGCUGUGCCGACUAACUUCACCCAUCCCUAG